CCCGCCACCCCCCCGCCGGCGCCGCAGCGCCGCGGUCGGAGCGGGGCGCGGGCGCGCGGCGGCGGCGGCGGGGGCGCGGGCCGGGCGCGCGCGGCGGCGGCGGCGCGCAGACACAAGUAGUUUACAUUGUUGGGCGACUUUUGCAACAACUCGCCGCGCCGCGGCCUCCGCGCGCCGCCGCCGCCGCCGCCGCCGCCGCAGCCGCCGGCUCCCCGCCGCCCGGGCCCGGGCCGGCCGCGCCGGGGGCGCCGCGCCCGCCGCCCGCUGCCCGCGCCGCCGGCCGGGCAUGAGUUAGUGGCAGACAUGGACACCAAACAUUUCCUGCCGCUCGAUUUCUCCACCCAGGUGAACUCGUCCCUCACCUCCCCGACAGGCCGAGGCUCCAUGGCCGCCCCCUCGCUGCACCCGUCCCUGGGGCCUGGCAUUGGCUCCCCAGGGCAGCUGCACUCCCCCAUCAGCACCCUGAGCUCCCCCAUCAAUGGCAUGGGCCCACCCUUCUCCGUCAUCAGUUCCCCCAUGGGCCCGCACUCCAUGUCGGUGCCCGCCACACCCACCCUGGGCUUCAGCACUGGCAGCCCCCAGCUCAGCUCACCCAUGAACCCCGUCAGCAGCAGCGAGGACAUCAAGCCUCCCCUGGGCCUCAAUGGCGUCCUCAAGGUCCCCGCCCAUCCCUCAGGAAACAUGGCAUCCUUCACCAAGCACAUCUGCGCCAUCUGCGGGGACCGCUCCUCAGGCAAGCACUACGGCGUGUAUAGCUGUGAGGGCUGCAAGGGCUUCUUCAAGCGGACGGUGCGCAAGGACCUGACCUACACCUGCCGGGACAACAAGGACUGCCUGAUUGACAAGCGGCAGCGGAACCGGUGCCAGUACUGCCGCUACCAGAAGUGCCUGGCCAUGGGCAUGAAGCGGGAAGCCGUGCAGGAGGAGCGGCAGCGAGGCAAGGACCGGAACGAGAACGAGGUGGAGUCGACCAGCAGUGCCAACGAGGACAUGCCCGUGGAGAGGAUCCUGGAGGCCGAGCUGGCUGUGGAGCCCAAGACCGAGACCUACGUGGAGGCCAACGUGGGGCUGAACCCCAGCUCGCCGAACGACCCCGUCACCAACAUCUGCCAGGCAGCCGACAAGCAGCUGUUCACCCUGGUGGAGUGGGCCAAGCGCAUCCCGCAUUUCUCAGAGCUGCCCCUGGACGACCAGGUCAUCCUGCUGCGGGCAGGCUGGAACGAGCUGCUCAUCGCCUCCUUCUCCCACCGCUCCAUCGCCGUGAAGGACGGGAUCCUCCUGGCCACCGGGCUGCACGUCCACCGGAACAGCGCCCACAGCGCAGGGGUGGGCGCCAUCUUUGACAGGGUGCUGACGGAGCUCGUGUCCAAGAUGCGGGACAUGCAGAUGGACAAGACGGAGCUGGGCUGCCUGCGUGCCAUCGUCCUCUUCAACCCCGACUCCAAGGGGCUCUCGAACCCGGCCGAGGUGGAGGCGCUGAGGGAGAAGGUCUAUGCGUCCCUGGAGGCCUACUGCAAGCAGAAGUACCCAGAGCAGCCGGGAAGGUUCGCCAAGCUCCUGCUCCGCCUGCCGGCUCUGCGCUCCAUUGGGCUCAAGUGCCUGGAACAUCUCUUCUUCUUCAAGCUCAUCGGAGACACGCCCAUUGACACCUUCCUCAUGGAGAUGCUGGAGGCCCCACACCAAAUGACUUAGGCCCUCGGGCCCACCCUUCGCGCCCACCCGGUCCGGCCACCCCGCCUGGACGCCGCCGCUCUUCUCAGCCUGAGCCCUGUCCCUGCCCUUCUCUGCCUGGCCUGUUUGGACUUUGGGGCGCAGCCUGUCACUGCUCUGCCUAAGAGAUGUGUUGUCACCUCCUCCUUUCUGUUACUACUUGUCUGUGGCCCAGGGCAGUGGCUUUCCUGAGGUGGCAGCCUGAGUGGCAAGAACUAGUGAGCCCGGCCAGGCGCCUCCCCAUGGGCUCUCGGGACGCCCUGCCACACCCCAUGGGGCUUGGGUGGCUCACAGGGGUCUCCCGGCUCUGGGCCCUGGAGCUGCAGGAGUUGGGAACAGGGCCUCGGUUCCAUUGCUGUUGAUGGAUGCUGGUUUUCAGAAUUCCCGUGUGGCCAUCCUGUCUGGAGUGACGUCUUCGCCUGCUCUGAGUACCGGUGCCCCGCCUGCCCAUGACAGCUCCCCCUAAUCAGGAGGAGGGGACAGCUAGGGGCACAGGCUGGCGUGUGAUCAGCCAAGACCUCAGCUGCCUCGGGGAUGAGAGGGCCCAGCAGGCUGCCCUGUGCUGUGAGUGAAGGGAGAGUAGCGUCUUUUUCCAAAGAUAACUCGAGGUGUUGCCCUCCGGCCAACGAGAAUAUGAGCCGACCUCUGUGCUGGGUUUCGGGGCCACCUCCAGGCUGCAGGGACGGGUGUCGCCCACCCCCUCGGUUUUCUCUCUGCCUUGGUGUCCUGGCUUCAGACUCCCCCUUCCAGUGGAGACCGGAGUGCCUCGGUCCCUCCCCAGCCUGGGUCUUCUCCUGGCCCUGCCGGCUGGGCUGAGGCCUGUCCUUGGUUCCUGCAGGGUGGGGCGUCACCAUGUCCCUGGCCUUGCUGGAAGCACAGGGCUGUGCUGACCUGCAACCAUCUGUGAGGCCCGCGUGGGUGGGAGGGGAGGGGGCAGGUGGCCUGGAGAGGGGGGCUCAGGAACUGGGACCUCGUGGCCUGGCGCGGCUCUGCAGGGGCAUCGGUGGGACCCUCACUCAGGCCUUCUCUCCGCUACCAGUGUGUCUAAAAGACUUGGAACCUGAGAACCCUGAGUCGCAGUGCCCUUGGUCCCGGGCCAUACGCAGGCCCUGGUGGGACCACCCAGCCCGGUGGUAUCCAGAGACAGCGUGCUCACCCAGAGCCUUACUUGGGAGCCUCACUGAACGCCCGCUCUGGUUGACGGUGCGGGGCUGAGGGCCUCCCCGGCUCAGCCCCGUGUGGCCCGGCGCGCCUCCCGCAGGCUGUCCCCCGUCCAGUGGUGCAGGGCUCUCUCAGGUUGAACUCGCCUCGUUUGCACUGGAAGGCCCUUCCUUUGGCCUGAGAACUUUUCCUGUUCACGCCUCAGUCCCGUGGACCCAGCCUUUGUCAGUAGCAGGUGCCUGAACAGCAGCCGGGUGGGGGAUGCAGGAGGGGCCUCGUCUUCCCAGCAGCGGUCUAGCAAUGGAGCGGGGAGUAGGCGUCUUCUCCAAAGGCUUUCCCCACCUGGAGCAGGGGAGUGUGGGCUGCCCCAGCAGGGGCUCCUCGGUGGGGAGGGGAGCUGCCUGGGGGGUUGGGCUGGGAGGCAGCGGCUCAGAGGGGCAGCGUUCCAGCCUUUGUGGGGAAGAAAGUGUCCAUUCUUUGCCUUCCUGGAGCUUCUAGCCAGAGCUGAGCUGAGGGACUGGGUGGAGGCUGCAGCUGAGUCUGCUCGAGACAGAGACUGGCGGAGGUUCCAGAAGCCUCUCAUUCCCGCUCCCCUCCACCCCUGCCUUUUAGCAGUGUGGAUCCCCAGAGGUGUCCUCUGUCCAGCCACCAUCCUGAGGCAGAGUGGUGAGCCUCACACCUGUAACAGGCCCCUGGUUCCUCCCAGGCACUGCCGGGUGCUCUGGGGCCCAGUGGUGGGAGCGUGAGAGACCCCACACCAACACCCGGUGCCUUCUGCGGCCAGUGCCCGUCCGUGUGCGCCCAGACACUCGGGAAUGCCCGCAGCUCCAGAGGAAGAAGCCCAGGGCCGGGGCCUCGUUUUCGGGGGCUCGGCUUCUUCUUGGCAGCCCUGCCAUUUCCAGCUCUGGCUGGCUGGCUGUAAAGCUCUGAGCGCCCCCCCCCCCCCGCCCCGCCGGACUGCCAACCUCUGAAAGCAGAACCCUGGCUUCCCCAGCCCCUGCAGCCUUCCCCACCAGCCUUCCUGCCCCUCCUCAUCGGCUUUGGGGUUGUACAGCCUGUGCUGUCGGUUCGAAAAGGUGACGCGUGAGGAGUGUGGCUCAUUACUCAGUGGAGAGGCAGAGUUUCUAUUUUACCAGACCUGCAGUAGUAUUACCAAUCUGGUUCAGUUAAGGUGAUUUUUUUGUAAUUAUUACUUUGGUGGGACAAUCUUUAAUUUUCUAAAGAUAGCACUAACAUCAGCUCAUCAGCCACCUGUGCCUGUCCCUGGCUCGGCCCGGCUGGAUGAAUCGGCUUCCCCGCAGGCCCCCCUUUGCAGUGGCUGCUUCCUGGGCCACCAGGGCACCCUGACGCCUUCAGGCGAGUUCCUCAGCUGGUCACCUCCUUGCUUUGCCUUCUGAUGGGGCUCCUGAGGCUGAGGAGUGAAGAUGCCGCAGGGCUGGGCCACCCUAGGCUUUGUCAGGUGUGUUUUGGAAGCUGGCCUGCUGGGACCCUCCACCCUAGGGCCUGUGUCAGCUACCGGCCCUCUGCACCCUGGAAGCACACGGGCUCUGGGAAAGACAGCCCUGAUCUUCGGUGUUCCAAGUCACGGUGUUCCCCAAGAAUUCUGGGCUGGUGGCUUGAUGGCCGUGCUGGAGAAGACCCUGAGCCUUUCCCCGUGGGUCACCCAGGAGGGCCUGGCCAGCAUGUGCAGCCUGUGGGUGGCCGGCUGACGUCCCCGCCGUGGUCAGGGUGCGUGACCUGGUGCCCAUCCACGCAGGUGUGUGGCGUAAACAUGGAUGUGCUGUACAGACGUGUGUGGAGAGAGCCGCACACCAGGGCCGCAGAGAGGCGGAGCAGUUACCAAUGUUUCGUGUUUAUUUUUAAUCAAGACGUUUCCCGUUUUCCUAUAAAUUUGCUUAGUGUAAGCAAGUACAUAAGGACCCUCCUUUGGUGAAAUCCGGGUUCGAAUGAAUAUCUCAAGGCAGGAGAUGCAUCUAUUUUAAGAUGCUUUGGAGCAGACAGCUUUAGCCGUCCCCAAUCCUUAGCAAUGCCUUAGCUGGGACGCAUAGCUAAUACUUUAGAGAGGCUGACGGAUACAUAAGAAAGUAACGAUAAGAGAAAAUGUCUAAAGCAUCUGGAAAGGUAAAAAAAAAAAAAUCUAUUUUUGUACAAAUGUAAUUUUAUCCCUCAUGUAUACUUGGAUAUGGCGGGGGGAGGGCUGGGACUGUUUUGUUUCUGCUUCUAGAGAUUGAUGUGAAAGCUUCCUCCGAGAGACGCCAGGGCAGGCGAUGGCAGAGGAGAGGGCCCCUGUGACAGCGGCCAGGCUUGGGAGGAAACCGCCGCCGGGGACAUCUUCCUUGGGGACAGGAGGGUGGGCCUGAGGCUUUCAAGGGUUUUCUUCCCCUUUUGAGUGAUUUUUAAAGCCUUGCUCUGUUGUGUCCUGUGGCCGGCCUUCCUGUGACUGUGACUGAAACGGCUUCCCCAUACGAUCGUCUGAAACGUGGCGGCCGCAGGUGCCGGGGUCUGAUGGACAGUGGCAUAGAAUUGUGGAAAAAAAAAAAACACGCAAAGGGAGACAUGUGAGAGAAGAAACAAAAUAUGAGUGUUUAAAAUACAUCGCCAUUCAGUUC